AUGGUCGAGGAUGAUGCCAACUUGGAAAAAGCAGUAGCGCUUGCAAAUUUAGGCUUUGACAUGGAAAAUGCAGUGGAAGCGCUAAAUCUAUGCAGAGGAGAUGUCGAUCUAGCCUUCUCUCUGUUAAUUGAUGGAGAUUUUGCGUGCAGAGGGUGUGAUAGGGUUGAGAGGGAAAAUAAAGACUGCUCAGAAUGAUAUUAUGAAGAUGAAGAUUAUGAAAUUGAAGACUCAGAAUUUGCUGAUACCCUUUUUGCCGUAACACAAGACUUAUGUCACACAGAUGAGGGCACUGGAUGUGAAGACUGUGUGGAAUGAGACUAUGGAGAAAAAGGAUAUGAAGAUGAAGAGGAUAAAAAUAAAAAUAAAAAGAAAAUAGAUGAAAAAGAACAAAAAGAGGCGAAAUUUGAUGAAAAGAAGCGCUUUGGAGACAGAACUCAGGCUCAGCUCAUGGGAAAGUUUUGCCGCGAAAAAAGCAAUAUGAAGGAAUUCAAAAAUAUAUAUGGAAAUAAAAAGAAAAUAAAUCGAAAAGCACAAAGAGAGAAGAAAUUUUAUAAAAGCAAAUGUUCUGAAGAUAAGACUCAGGAUCAGUUGAGAAGAAAAUUCUGCCUCAAAAAAGAAUGUGUAGUUUCAGCGGAAAGACUAAAAAUAACUGAGGAAAAAUGAAUAUUUGAAGAAAAACUAAAAAAAGAAAUUAAGGAAAAUCGACGUAAAUUCAAGAAAUGGUAUAAAUUUAAGAAAUUCAGGAAAAUUGAUGAUAAGUGGAGGAAUUUGAAAGAAGAAAUUUGGAAAUAA